AUGCGCCACUUUUUGACUUCUUUAGAUCUUCACUAUUUUGCCCCAGAAGUUCGAGCUGGGCUUCGAGCACAUAAGUUCACGAACAAGUUUGAAAGCCUUCACCUAACAAAUACGGCUGGGAAGGAAGCGCAGCCAAUUAGAUACAAGCAUCUAUACCUCAAAGAUCCGAUUGUAUGUGUUCUCCUCAAGCUUAGCCAUAGGCUUGAGAAGUCUGCUGGUGAAGAUGAUGUCUUAAUAUGCGAAAAAGCUGACAUCAUUCUCCAGAACCACUCACCUGUAGUGCCUGAGGAUCGUGAGAUUCACGCCGAUCUUCUCGGCCUUAUCCAGAAAUGCUGGGACAAUGCAAAAAACCGCCCAGACAUCAGUCGCGCUCGAAAAAUCACCGAUGCCACAUUGAAAAUGUCUGGCUCACUCGUCGAUCAAAUGAUCAAAAACAUGGAGGAAUACACGAAUGGACUAGAAGAGUUGGUCAAGCGUCGAACUGGUCUGCUUGAAGAAGCUCAACAAAAAGCGGAUGAGUUACUGUCGGAACUACUACCGAAGUCGGUGGCUGAAGAACUGAAAGUUGGAAGAAGAGUUGAAGCAAAAAACUAUAAAUCAGCUUCCAUACUUUAUUCUGAUAUUGUCGGUUUCACGUCACUCUGUUCGGAAUCUGAACCAAUGGAGGUAGUCGCAUUGCUGAGCGGCGUGUUCCAGAAGUUUGAUUAUAUAAUCAGUGUUCACAACGGAUAUAAGAUGGAGACUAUUGGCGACGCAUACUGUGUAGCUUCUGGUAUUCCAAAUCCGAGUAAAACUGAACACGUUUCUAACAUCGCCACCAUCGCCUUACUUCAAAGAGAGUUCCUGUACGACUUCAUGAUACCACAUCGGCGUGGCCAAUAUCUUCACUGCCGCUGGGGAUUUAAUACUGGUCCAGUAUUCACUGGCGUUGUAGGGAUUCGAGCACCUCGCUACUCCGUUUUCGGUCCAACAGUCACUAUUGCUGCAAAAAUGGAAAACUCUGGAUUGCCGGAUCGAAUACAAAUGACUUUGAAGAGUCAUCAAAUGUUAUCGGCUCGAUUUCCGGAAUUCAAAUGCACCUCAAGAGGCAGCGUUAAAAUCGAUGGCAUCGGAACGCUUCUUACAUACUGGUUAGAAGGUGUGGAAGAGUUAUUGGUAAGUGAUCGGUCGAAAGAGAAAGACGCACCAGCAGCAACAAGUAUCAGUGAUGAAGAUGUCGAACUCUAUACAGUCCCACAUGAAAUAAGCCAAGUCAGUUCAGCUAACUCAGUAGUGCCUCUAAUCUCCUGA